UUGGUGAAAUUUUGCUCAUAUCUCUCCAUCCCUCUCAAAAUAUCUCAGACACUCUCUCUCUCUCUCUGAAAGGCUACAACUUUCUCCAUUUCCACACCACAAAACCCUACUCAAGACCUCAAGUUAUCAACAUAGCAUAAGAAAAGAAAAGGAGAAUCUAUGGCUGCAAACCAAGGAAGAGAUGCUGUUGUUGAGGUGGAGAAGGAAAAGCUGAGGAACAAAAUACGGAAAACGGAAGCUACAAUUGCAGAUCAGCAAAAGAGAAUCGGCUAUCUAAAAUCAGCCGGCAGAGAACUUCUCAUCCUUUUCUUUGCCUUGUAUGGACGCUUUCUGUGGAUCAUCAAGGGCGGCCAAGGUUUGAGAUGCUCCGACUAUUGGUUCUUCCUCGGCUGUUAUAUGUUCCUAUGCGCAGUUGGCUGGUCUUUAGCAGUAAACGGAGUCUACUAUAUCCUUAGUAUUAAGGAGAGCGACCGGACCUUGAACGAGUGCAAGCAGUUGAAGAAAACGCUUGCUGUUCUUGAUGGAUCCAACAUUCCAAACUUUGAUGGAGAGCCGAGUCAAACUGCUUUCGGAGUUUGGAAGAUUAUCAGCGCUAUCUUACUGAACUCUGUCGUGUCUGAUAUGCUGAUCAGUUGCUUCUUGUUGUUUUCGGCUACCUUUACCAAUCUUUGCAGGGAGGGAGGUGUAGAGUGAGUGACUAGCCUAGCCAUGCUUCGUGCUCUAGUAUUCGGAUGUAAAAGCUUAUGACUAAACUUGCUGUGGUUUACCGUACCUGAUUUGUUAUCUGCACUUCUCUAUGGUAGUUUUUGUAACUCGAGUGCAGUUCAGACACUUUUCGAAUCCAAUCAAAGUCAUGGAGUAGUAGCUUCCUUAAAUUCGUGUUUCGGUAUUUGUUUAACGUCAUAAAAAGUAUUGGAAGUCCGCAUUAUACUUAAUACUUGUAUCCUCAUUUUCGUUUAACUGUUUUUCUGCUAGUGAAAUCUCUUCUCCUUGUAUAUUGUAGCAACUGGCAAAUAAUCGUAGUUUGGCCUCGUUCGCGCGCGCUUGCACGUUGAAUUAGCCUACGUUGUUGCAGCAAAAGUGAAGAGUGGCUGAUAUUGUUUCGCGUUGAAUUUGAAUCUUUCUUUCUCUGCCUGGUUUGUGGUCUUCUGAAGAAGAACAAGGUGAUGUCUCCUGGUGAGGUGAGGCUUGUUCGCUCUUGUAAAUUUGCAAUUUUGUAUCUACUAAACGAUGCGUUUAAUGGUUCGUGGCAUUCAGAAUUAGAAUUGAACCUUCUUAUAUUGUCACCCUCACCACCACGACAAAACUGUGGUCGGAUAUACAAUGAUGAUGACAUUGUUGAUGAGAACUGGGAAAUGCAGCUUGAUGCUCUCAAACAGCGUCGCCGGAAGCGGAAAGCUCUCUAUUUCAAUUAUAUUUUGUAAAUUAUAUGAUGUGGUUGUUGAUGAUUAGAUUAUACUUAAAUAUUAAUUAAUGUGAUUAUUUUUUAGUUGGUGACU